AUGAAUGAAAUUCUUCAUGAAAAUUUUGAAGAAUAUAUAAAUGUCGAUGACAUUUUUAAUGGAAUAUUUGACUAUUUAAAUGAAUUAGUUUUGAUGGUUAAACCAAAGAAAUUAAUUUUUAUUGCAGUUGAUGGAGUUGCUCCAAGAGCCAAGAUGAAUAGACAACGUAGCAGGCGAUUUAUUGCAACAAACCAUGGGUUUGACACAAACUAUAUAACGCCAGGAACAAAAUUUAUGGUGGAUUUUUCUAACCAUCUUAAAGAAUUUAUUCAUAACAAAAUUCAAAAUGAUGAGAUUUGGAAAAGUGCAAAAAUUGUAUACUCUGGACAUGAUGUGCCAGGUGAAGGAGAGCAAAAGAUAAUGGAAUAUAUUCGUAAUUCUGAAUCAAAAUCUGAUUGCAUCUAUGGAAGAGAUUCGGAUUUAAUUUUAAUGGGGCUUCUACAUUAUAAAUCGAAUCUUAGAAUACUUAGUAGUAUAAAAAUCUCUUUACAUGGCAUCAAUAAAAAUUCAAGAAUGUACGAAGUAAGAUUAUUAGGAACUUUACGUGAAAAAAUAAAGGAGGAAUUUUCUAAACUUUGGGAGCCUAAGCCACUGCCUUUUGAAUUUAAUUUUGAAAGCAUAAUAAAGGAUUUUAUUUUAUUAGCACUUUUUAUGGGUAGUGAUUUUAUACCAAUGUUGCCAAAUAUUAAUAAUGAAAAAUUUGAUAUUAUUUCAACUUAUAAAGAGAUGUUAAAAGAAUGUGGAGGUUAUAUUUAUAAUGAUGAUGGAAGCUUGAAUAAAAGAAGAUUAGAAGUGAUUUUUAAGAAAUUGAGCAUUAUUGAAAGAGAAAUGCUUGAAAAAAUUAAACAAAAUAAGCACAAUAAAACAGAAACUGAGAGCGAAAAACUUAGAUGGAAAAAAAUGUAUUAUCUAGACCAAGAUCAAAAAGUUUUAAUUAGAUCAUACAUUGAAGGAUUGCAAUGGGUAAUUUCUUAUUAUGAAGGUGCAUUAAAAUCUUAUAGGUGGUUUUAUCCUGGACAUUUUUCACCACUUAUAUCGGAUUUGGAAGACUUGGAAACUAUUGAAAUAAAAAAUUUUAAAGAUGAAGAUUAUUACAAACCAUUCGAACAAUUAAUGUUUGUUCUGCCAAUUAGAAGCAAAAACCUUUUACCAGUAGCAUAUCAGAACCUUAUGAGUGAUCCUAGAAUUGAAGCAUUUUAUUCUACCGAUAAAAAUGAUGAUCUUCCAUUCAUUGAUGAAACGAUUCUAUUAUCUGUAUUAAAAUCUGCAGAAAACAACUUGACAAAUGAAGAAAAACAGAGAAAUGAGUUUGGGAAUGUACUUCUCUUUGAAUAUGAUGAAUUAAACAAAAAAGUGAAUAUGGAAAUUCUGAAGCCUUAA